AUGAAUAACGUAGAGAAGCUCAUAAUAAACAAGGGAACGAUUCCGCCAAUACCCCCAGCUACUGCCGCUGCCCAAGUAUCCUAUGCCGUCUUACCAACCUUCCUCAGGACCCAGCUGCCCACCGCACCAGAGAUGGCGCCAAAUGCAGGUGCGAACAUCGUGAGCACAAUUAAGGUAAACCUGAACUUGGAUAGGAAAGGUCUCGUCGUAGACUGUCGAGUAGAAGAAGGUGCGGUAUUAUUGCUUGCGCCGUCAUCGACUGGCGCGGAGUCCGAGGAGAGCAAGGGUUGGCUUCCCUCCUCUGUGUUGGCCUUGUUG